AUGGCGGCAUUUCGCCGGUUUCGCGCGCUUUGCGUUUCACGAUAAAGCUCUUGAAACGAAAGUAGUUGCUGUUCAGUAACUUUAAUCGUUCGCGCUUUCCGUAGAACGAAACUUCACCGUAUUACGCGGGUGUGAGCGCAGCAGCUGGCAUGGAUCAGCCGUGGAUGCGCCAGGACGAUGACGAUAGCGAAGAUGAAGGCAGCACCGUGGACUUCGGGCAAGCCGUGGACGGCAUCCUCUUUCUUAUCGACGCCACCGAAGGCAUGUUUGAAGAAGUCGACGGUGACACCGCUUUCAUGCAGUGCGUUAAGGCUGCAAAGUCCACAAUGCUGAACAAGAUCACAAGCAGUCCAAAGGACCUCGUGGGGAUAAUACUUUUUGGCACAGACAAGGACAACAACCCCAAUCGCUUCAAGAACGUGUUCGUGCUGCAAGACCUCGAAAGUCCGGGCGCAGAAACUGUUCUCAAGCUGGAGAAGCUGAUUGCCGAUGGCCCCAAGAAGUUCAAGCAAGAGUACGGGCAUGGCAGUGUCAACAUGGCCGAUGUCCUGUGGACUUGCGCCCUUAUGUUCUCUAAAUCCCGUGCGGGGCAGCGUCGAGUGCUGGUGCUGACCAAUCAGGAUGAUCCUCACAAGGGCUCGGCAGAUCUUGACGACAAGGCAGUGGUCAAGGCCAAGGAUCUUUUGCAGUCGGGCAUUGAGCUCGACCUGGUUCACCUGAAGCCACCUGGAGACAAGAAAUUCCGACCACAGAUCCUCUACCAGAACCUGGUGACUAAUAAAGAGAACUACGAGGAUGGUUUCCCCGAAGCUUCCGACAAAAUGGAGGAACUUUUAUUGAGGGUACGGAUGAAGGACCACAAGAAGCGGCGUCUCAUGUUGUUGCCCUUUUGGCUGGGACCCGAAGUGAAGAUGUCCGUCUCCCUCUACAACCUGGUGCGGGCCACAGGAAAGCCCGCCACCACACGCCUUGCCAGGGACACCAACGAGGAACUGCUCUCUCGUCGAAUCACCUAUGCAAUGGACUCUGCGGAAGCACUCAUGCCAGGUGAUCUAUCAAAGACGCAAGAGUAUGGCGGUAGGAAGGCGUACUUUGACAUUUGUGAAGUGAAGCAGAUCAAGGCAAUGGCACCUCCAGGCUUGAUGCUGCUCGGCUUCAAGCCGCUUAGCUACCUGGAAAAGCAGCCACACGUGCGACCGAGCCACUUUGUGUACCCGGACGAGGGUUCCGUGCGGGGAAGCACACGCCUCUUUGCAGCCUUGCUGCAGAGCUGCCUGCGACAUCGUGUGGCCCCCGUGUGCUUCUGGAUCUCACGUGCUGCCCAGGCACCCAAGCUGGUCUAUCUCUUGGCACAGGAGGAGGAACGCGACACACACGGUCUCCAGAUGGUUCCACCAGGAUUCCACGUGGUACAGCUGCCCUUCAGCGACGACCGCCGUCGGCUGCAAGCACUCCAGGAGGGCACAACAAAGGCCACCCCUGGAUUGGUUGCCUUGGCCCGGGAGAUGGUGGAGAAGCUACGAUUCACUUAUCAUCCAGACAAGUUUGAGAAUCCAGAGCUGCAAGGGUUUUGGAGCUGCUUGGAAGCCCUGGCUCUUGAUCGGGAUGAUGCGGAACACCCCGAGGACUACACACGUCCCAACCACGAGAAGAUGAAAGCUAAGGCUGGAGAGGAGAUGGACGCCUUCUUGGAAGCUGCAUUUCCGGAUGGGUGCAGCGCCACUACUGCAGGAUCCAGGAAGCGGGCACAAGCCGGAGAGGGGGGCCCAGCAAAGAAGGCACGCUCGGAAAAUCAGGGCAGCACUGUGGAUGUCCGUGAAGAGGCCAAGCGUGGCAAGCUGGCCAGCCUCACGGUCAGUGUCCUGAGGGACUUCUGCAAGCAAGAAGGCCUCCGCUGCCCAUCGAAGAAGGCGGAGAUCGUUGAUUGCAUCAAGAAGCAUCUCAAGCUUUAAAGUGUACCUCAACCCUGCCCAGUUUUGAACGUUGAAUCGGAAUGCAAGGAGCCAGUGUCCUGGAAUAUAAAAAUGGCAGUGGAAAGAUUGCUACGGU